AUCCGGAUUAUCAACAUCAGGCAUUUGACAUUACAUCCGAUGACAAAGAAAUGUAUAAAAGAUGCGACGAUGAUAUGCUUGUCUAUCAGUCUCUCACAGGAAACCGAACAAACAAAACCUAAUCAACAUGAAAUUCAUCAUCGUAGCCGCCGUCGCCCUCGUGGCCGUCGCCGCCGCCCUCCCCGUCGAGGAGCCCGUCGAAAUUGUCAACUCCGUUUUUGAACAGCAAGCGGAUGGUGGAUACAAAUACGCCUUCGGACAGUCCGAUGGAGUCAAGCGUGAGGAGACUGGCGUUGUGAAGGAAGCCUUUGACGAGGACAACAAGCCCCACAACGUUGUCGUAGUUCGUGGCUCUUACAGCUACAUCAACCCUAACGGCCAAGAGGAGUUAAUCAACUACACCGCUGACGAGGAAGGCUUCCACCCUGAGGGAUCUUCCAUCCCCGUUGCCCCCGUCGCCAGGAGAUAAGCACUCAACCCUAUGACUCCGAUAAUGCUAAAAGUUAUCCAAAAUGUUCAGCAUGAUAUGUACUUAAACACAAAAGAGCAUAAUCUAAGUUAUGUUUCUCCCGUUAAGACAAAUUUCAUUAAAUAACAGUAUGAAUAAAAUUAGACAAUAA